UGUUCCACUUGCAAGAAACUCAGCUCUGCAACCUUCCAUUAUGCAAAGUGAAAUCAUAGCGAGCUCUGGUCCAUUUGCAAGCAAUGCAACUUUGCAGCCUUCCGUUAUGCAAAGCGAAAUCAUAGCGAGCUCUGGUCCAUUUGCAAGCAAUGCAACUUUGCAGCCUUCUGUUAUGCAAAGUGAAAUCAUAGCAAGCUCUGGUCCAUUUGCAAGCAAUGCAACUUUGCAGCCUUCCAUUAUACAAAGCGAAAUCAUACACAGCACUGGUCCAUUUGCAAGCAAUGCAACUUUGCAGCCUUCCAUAAUACAAAGCGAAAUCAUACACAGCACUGGUCCAUUUGCAAGCAAUGCAACUUUGCAGCCUUCCAUUAUACAAAGCGAAAUCAUACAGAGCUCUGGUCCAUUUGCAAGCAAUGCAACUUUGCAGCCUUCCAUAAUACAAAGUGAAAUGGUAGUGAGUUCUGGUCCACUUGCAAACAGUACAACUCUGCAGCCUUCCACUAUGCACAGCGGAAUGGUAGAGAGCUCUGAUCCACUUGCAAGCAGUACAACUCCGCAGCCUUCCAUUAUGCGCAGUGGAAUGGUAGAAAGCUCUGGUCCACUUGCAAGCAACACAACUCUGCAAUCUUCCAAAAUGCGCAGUGGAAUGGUAGAGAGCUCUGGUCCACUUGCAAGCAACACGACCCUGCAAUCUUCCAAAAUGCGCAGUGGAAUGGUAGAGAGCUCUGGUCCACUUGCAAGCAACACAACCCUGCAAUCUUCCAAAAUGCGCAGUGGAAUGGUAGAGAGCUCUGGUCCACUUGCAAGCAACACAACCCUGCAAUCUUCCAAAAUGCGCAGUGGAAUGGUAGAGAGCUCGGAUCCACUUGCAAGCAACAUAAGUCUGCAACCUUCCUUUAUGCGAAGCGGAAUGAUAGACAGUUCUGUUCCACUUGCAAGCAACACAACUCUACAGCCUUCCAUGGUGCGAAAUGGAAAGAUAGAGAGCUCUGUUCCACUUGCAAGCAACACAGUUCUGCAGCCUUCCAUGGUGCAAAGCGGAACAGCGGAACAACCUGCCAUUACACGAAGCAAAAUGAUAGAGAGCUCUGAUCCAUUUGCAAACAACAUUCAAUUUCAGUCUUCCAUUAUGCGAAGCGGACCAGUAGAGAGUUCUGUUUACUCUGGUCCUAGUAGUGCUGGUGGUAGCCCUACAAAAACCUUGUAUUCUAACUAUGAACUGGACGUUGAAAGCCAGAGGAAACCCUCUAAAUACUCAGAGAGAGAUACCCUCUUGGAAGAAUAUUCUCAGCAAGUCAAAGAUCUGCAGAAGAGGCUAAGUGAAACCACGGAACAACAUGAGCAACAGAAAUUGGGUUUAAGGCAAUCAAUACUGGAGUUGCAGGCAAGCCUUCAGCAAGUGGCCAGAGAGAAAGAGAUGAUUGCUGAUAUCAGACGGAAGGAGUCUCAGACCCAAGAGGAUCUCAGCUGUCAGAUGAAGGCUACAAUUAAUGAACUGGAAACUGCCAGUCAGCUUCAGGAAGAAAUGCUGAAGGAAUCCAGUAGUCAGACAGAGCACCUGAGGAUGAUGGUCCAGGGCCAUGAAAAUGUGUUCCGGGAACUCCGGCAAAUCCUAAUAAAGUAUGAAGAGGACAUGGGUAAGAAGGUGUACGAACAUGAAUCCGUUGCCAAUCUCCACAUCUGCAACUUGCCCACUGCUUUUGGCAAAGUGCUGCGAGAUCUGGAAGCUGAGAUGCUGCGCCUCCAAGGAAGGCUUGCCUCACUUGAAGAACAACAAGAACUACUGAAGAAAGAAUCCCAGUGCAAAAUUGAAAUGGUGCUUCAGGACCAUCAUGAGAGUAUUGAAAGGCUGAUCAGUGAGCAUGAACAGGAAUUGGAAGCGCUGAGUGAGAAUGCCAAUGCUUCCCGCAGCCAUGCAAGCAGUAUCCAAAGCCAGCUGGAAAUUGUGCAAGAACAAGCAAGAAACCAGAAUUCAUUGUACAUGCGUCAGGUCAACCAGCUGGAAAGCACUGUGUCUCAGUUACGUUCGGAGCUGCGAGAAACAAGGAGAAUGUCUCAGGACAAGAUAGAAGAACUUGAGAAAGAGCUGCAUCUGGUUAACUCAGAAAUAGCCGAGGCUCAGAGUGAAAGGGAUCAGUAUAGCCUGGAAACUGGAAACUUGGAUGAUCAGGUUCAGCUGUUGAGGUCAGAAUUGCACAAGAAGGAUAUGGAGCUCAAUCUAGAAAAAGAGCAGAAUAAACGGCUCUGGGAUCGAGACACAGGAAGCAGUAUCACCAUUGACCAUUUGCGGAGGGAGCUGGACAACAAGAACAUGGAAUUGCAGCGCAUGGAUGCCUCAAUGAAGUCCAUGAAGGCGGAGAGCCAGGAACAAAUGGAUCGACAGAUGUCUGCCAUUAAAGAAAAGAAUGAAAGUAUAGAGAAGGUUGCCUCUAUGACUGCCCAGCAGGAGUCAACUAAAGAAACACUCCGCAAGGUUUCAGAGGAACUGGCAGAAAAGAAAAUCAGCUUAGAGGCUGCAGAGAGGCAAGUGGCUGAGUUGACGUCGUCUGUGCAAGAGAAGGAAAGCAUGAUUGAAGUGACCAAUGAGGAAAUCCAGAAACUCCGUGGUCGAGUAGAUGGCAAACUGCAGGAGCUCCAACAACUGAAGACUGAAAGUGAACACCUACUAGGUGUCCAGUCGGAGUGUGACUCCUUGAAGCUGCAGCUGGUGGAGAAGGAGAAGGUGGUUGAGAUCCUGCGGAAGCAGAUCGAGAACAUGACCCAGGUUAUUGGCCAGCAUAGCCGGACAGCUGGUGCAUUGGAGUUGGAGAAAUCUCAGCUUUUGAAAGAGGCAAAUGACAAGAAACUUGAAAUCCAUGAACUUAAGAUUUUGCAGGACAAGAAAGACUGCCAGUUGCGCGAGUUAGAAGCCAGCUUGAGUGAAAUGGAAUUGGAGAAGGUGAAACUGAUGAACGCAAAUGCUGAGAGGCUCCGAGUGCUGAAAGAGAUGAAGCUUGAAAGAGAAGAGCUCAUCAAUGAAAUAAAAAUUAGUCGCAUUGAGCUUGCCACCUUAAUGGAGGAAUCUGAAGUUAUAAAAAGCGAUUUCCAAGAAAGAAGUGAAGAGAUGGAAACUACUGUGAACAAACUGAAGUUGCAACUGAAAUCUGCUCAGCUUGAACUGGAACAAACUAGGGCCACCUUAAAGAAUAUGGAGGGGUCUGAUGGUCAUGCCAUGAAAGUCGCAAUGGGGAUGCAAAAGCAAAUCACAGCCAAGCGAGGUCAGAUAGAAGCUUUGCAGAGCAAGAUUAAGUUCUUGGAGGAAGCGAUGACUGCAGCAACUAAGGAGAAGCAUUACCUGAAAGAGGAAAGAAAUAAGCUGAGCCAGGAACUGACCUGUAUGGCAGCUUCAAACAUCAAAAUGGCAGAAGAGCUGGACAUUCUAAAGUCGCAGGAUAAGCGCUUGAAAGAAAAACUUGCUACCAUGGAAUCUGCACUGGAUAAGGCCUCUAUGCAGUUUGCAGAGUGUCAGUGCAUCAUGCAACAGCAGGAACAGGAAGCUAUGCGCUUCAAGCUUCAGCAUACUUUGGAUGUAAAAGAGUUGCAGGGGCCAGGUUAUAUACUGGGCUCCUCAUCAGCAAAGCAGCGACAUUGCACUUUGCCACACUCCCACCUGUCCAGCGCCCCCACAUCCCAAGGCUUUGCAGACCACGUCUCACUGCUAGCAUCCCAAUCUGUUUUGACAACGGAAAAUCCAUUACGAGAUUUAAAGCAAGUUCUUCAAGAAUUGCGAAGCGUGGUUGAGGAAAUGCCCUCUGCAAAUCUGCCUAGAAGAGAAAGUGACAGUGAUACUGACUCCAUUACAGAAGGCGCCAUCAAUAUAUUAGACGUUUCAAACAGAGAAUGCAUUGGCAGAAGAAUACGUGAACUCUACAGCAGGGAAGCCGCUGUCAGAGACAUACCCACAGAUGUUACCAGGGGGCAAGAUGCUUUCAGCAGGGAGCCUUCAACGUUGCAUGCUGCAGACCUUGAAGAUCCAACUCUCUCUCUUCCCUCCAGCACUACUCAAGCAAUCUUCAGUUCCACUCCUCGUUGCACCUCUUCAAAGAAACCGUCCCCAGAGGAGAGGUACAAAGCGAGGUCUCCUGUCUACUCCUUGCUCACUGCACCACUGGAUGACCUCAAGGCUUCUUCCGCACCUUCUUUGGAACGUCGAUCCAGUCUGAAAAAGAGCUGCUCCCCUGAAGCCUCAGCCUCUGCUACCAGUAAAACAGAUAGUUCCUUCAGCACUGGUUCUUCCAUGCAGACAGGGGAAGCCAAUGGAAAGGCAUGCAGGAAGCUACAGAACAAGAUGGAGAGUCUGCAAAACCUUGUGGAAACAUUGCAGUUGAAAAACCAAGCAAUGUCUACAAUGAUCAGAUGCCAGGAAAAGAAGAUUGAGAAAGCAAAGGAAAAGGAGAAAAAGCUGUCCAAAUGAAAUGCAGUGUGGUUUUCAAUGUAUCUCAGUUUGCACUCUUGUUAAAUGGA